AUGUCCAGAAUAAUUCCUUCACCGCAGACACUCCGCCUUCUCCGGCGGCUGUGCGCGCUCGAAUCGCCCAUCACCACAAGCACAGGAGCACAGACGCGACCACGACCGCAUCAGCUGCGAUAUCCGCCGAUGCAGCUGGUGACCAACUCCCAUCAUUCUCGACGACCAUUCAGCACAUCACGAGUCAGUGCUCAGGAAGCGCACCCUCAGCCUUCAUCACCGCAAUCCGAGGGACACGCCUCGUCUACCCCAGCAGAAGACACGCCACCCCCGGACAUAACAAACUACUACACACUGUUUCCGCAGACCCUGCCGAACGGGCCUCCGCCUGCCUCGUCCUUUUCCAUUCCGACAUCACUUCUGCGCAGAGAAUUCCUCUCGCUCCAGUCGCGCUACCAUCCCGACAAAUUCCCCGCCGGGACGGCUUCACAUCAGAAGUCUCUGGCUCUGUCGAGCCUGCUGAAUACGGCGUAUAAGACACUCUCGGACCCCCUCCUGCGUGCGCGCUAUUUAUUGUUGGAAAAGUAUGGUGUGGACGUGACGACUGAGGACAAUAAUAUCCACUCUGGCCUGACUGAUCAUGAGACGUUACUCGAGGUGAUGGAGGCGCAGGAAGCUCUCGAAGAGGCGACGAGUUACGAAGACAUGGAGAAGUUGAUGGAGGAAAAUGCGGCCAGGAUCCGGGAUACAGAGGAAAUACUGGGUAAGGCAUUCGAAAACGAAGAUGUCGACGAAGCAAAGAAGGAGUGCGUGAGGUUGAAUUAUUGGCGAAGUUUGCAGGGGGCGUUGAAGGAGUGGGAACCGGGAAAAGAGGUCAGGCUCGUCCACUGA